AUGUCAGUUUUAUUGGAAGCUGCGGAGCCCGAACUGAAACAUACAUCGUCCGCUAAAGCCUGGAGGACGGCGAGACCAGUAGGUCUCCACUUGCAGCUUGUACAAUAUAUCGGUGCUAAUGCUCAAGCCUAUCUGAUAGCUACACUCACUUACACUGUCGCCAAUUCGAUGAGAUGUUCCGAUCAACCGUGCAGCCACCGGUCGGAGGUUACUAUGAUUUACCUUGCUUCCCUGUUGCGAGACAUAGUUGCCACUGCCACCGUGUAUCUGUGGGCUAAAACGAUGAAAAGUUACAACCCACCGGAGACGACAGAGUUGGCGUGGAGCGAAGUGUUCAACUUACUCUUGAGGAUGCUUGUUGUAAAUUGUGUUGUGGAUACUCUAGAGGAAUAUGCUGUUAUGCACUUUGUCGGAUUCGCCGCGGUCCCACCAAGCACGAACGGAUCAGGUUACAGUACAGGUUUGCUAUCUGUGGUACACUUCGUGGCAAAACUCUUCGCGUGGGAAAUACUGUUUGACUUGGGCUUCUACGCGGCACACAGAAUCGUACAUGCGUACCCCUGGCUCUACAGAUUGGCGCAUAAGGAACACCACAGGCACCGCUAUGUCACCGUAUUGAGCGCACAUCUCCAGAAUCCAAUAGACGUUGCACUUAACAAUUUUGUUCCGUGCGUGUUAGCCUGCAUGCUGGUGCCUCAGUUCUCGCAAUUCGAAUUCCAACUCAUGAUGGCGUACAAAGUCCUUGGUGAACUGGCGGGUCACUCCGGAUCUGUCACAGGUGAAUCGUCAUUCACAAUACUGAUACAAGUUCCCAGAUUACUUGGCAUCGAACUCCGCGCCAUCGACCACAACCACCACCACACACACAAUAUCGGAAAUUUCGGCAAGCGAUUCUCUCUUUGGGAUAAACUGCUCGGUACAUUCGUCACCCCAACCAACCUUGCUUGGCCACACAUUCCUACUGUGCUUUACACUCCCAGCCCACCAUUCUUCAUGCUGUGGUUCGGAAAGGAAUCUACUGCAAAAAGCGCUCGAACCUGCAGUAAGGAAGAUCCCCACAGUUUUGCAACGUCCCUUACUAUAUCGCGCCAACUCCCAGAUGAAACCGCUUCAGAACUCAACUCCGCAUCGAAACUCAAAAUCGGCAACUACGAGGUGAACACAUCAAACCUACAGAGCAGCAAAUCGUCACUAAGAGCUCGAAAGGCGAACAGACCUGACUGUGGAUCUGAACUGUCUGAAUCCGAUAUUGGCUCAAUCGACCUGUGA